UCAACUCACACAACAACUCGACCUCUUCUUCUUUUCCGUGCUCUUUCUCCUACCUUCCCCUUUCUUCUCCCCGUCUUUUUUUCCACCACCUCCUUUCCCCUCCCCUCUCUCAGCCCUUGACGUCUUAACAACCCAAUUCCCUUCCUCAAACUGCACAUACCUCCUCGCAUCAAACCCACCCCCUCAUGCCCCGCAUACCCCUUCUGAUUCGCAUACACCAGCUUCCCCGUCGCCGGAUCCUCAAACGCACAACUAAAAUGCGUAUGCCCAAACGCCCACAACCCCACCACCGGACUCAUCCAGCACCGCUCCGCCGACAGAUCCGUAUGAUACGCCGACAGCAUCUUCCCACCCGCAUGCCGCGCAUCCACCGCCUGCGGCAACGUUGUCGGCGCGUGAUGCCUAGAAUAACCCACCACCCGCUCGUCAGCACCACGCACCCACCCCUCUCGAGCUUGCGUCUAGACAAGACGUACGUUAGGAUAGCAACACUUCUCCCCGCGCCCUCUCGAUCGAUUCUGAGGACGGCGUCGUUCAACCAACCACCGCACAUCCCGCUCAUGCGCAUCCUUCCACGCAUCCAGGCCCCAGCCGCCGAUCCAUCGCACGUCGCUCAUCCGCCCGCACACCUCCCCCGCCUGCUCCGGCGUUAUUCUACCCCUCCGAUAUCCACCUUCGUGCGGUCUAGCACCCAGAACCGCGGCCCGGCCCCGAACCUCGCGUCGCGCUCCACCUCCGCUUCGAAAUCCGCUAGGAUUUUGCCCCCCAGCGGUGAGCGAACUGUCGUAGAAUUCGUGGUUGCCGGGCACGUAGAGGAUGUGUAGGAGGGGGUGGCGGAGGAGGGUGCGGCGUAGGAAGGCGAAGAGGGCGGGGUGGGCGAGGAGACCGGUGUCGCCGAGGAGGCAGAGGUGGGUCGUCCCCGGGGGAAGCGGGGGGUUGUAGGUGGGGUAGAGGGGGGAGGCGAGGGGGG